CGGGCGACUUGUCUUAAGUUUCUGUGUAAUUGUUCAGUUUGUUUAUCCACUGAUGGACCCAGCUCAUGUUUCUCGGCUGAAGGAAGAGCAAGAGCGUUCACUGGAGGAGACGUUGGUUAGAAUUAAGAAAUGGGAGAAGUUUGAUGACGACUACACAGCACUGCAGGACAGGCUUAGGACAUUGCCCGACAAAGUCUCCCAAAAUAUCAUGGUACCUUUUGGGCCAGUUGCCUUUAUGCCAGGUCAGAUUGUCCACACAAAUGAAAUCAUGGUCCUGCUUGGCGACAACUGGUUUGCCGAGCGAUCAGCCAAGCAGGCUUGUGAAAUAAUCGACAGGAGGAAAGAACAUUUGAACAGCAUGCUGUCAGACCUUGCCAAGCAGCGCCAUCUGCUGGAGUCCAGGCUAGGCUUCACCUCCGAACUCAAGGAUAUGAGCGAGGGAAAGGGUGACCUGGUGGACAUCCGGGAGGAAUAUGACCCUGAGAAGGAGGCCAAGUGGAGAGAAGAACGUAAGAGGAAAAAGAGAUCAGCCGCAGCUGCAAGCAGGGAAAGUAAACCCCAAGAGGACAGUGACCCCUCCGCCCACGAGGCAUCACUGGAGACUCCGCCCAUUCAGAGGGAAGAUCAAGUAGAACAAUCUAGCAUCAUUGAUGGUCCAUUGCAAGGCGAAGAUCCGAAGGAUUCAAGCCCGAAGCCGAGAGUGCAGGGAAGCAAAGGGACUGUGGGCGAAAGAAAUUGGGAGGCAGGGUUGACGGAAGAGGAGAUUUGGAUGGGCGGGGUCAGGGGGGUGAUGUCAGAAGAGGAAUUGUGGGCGCGGCUGGAUGAGCUGGAACGGCAAGAGGAGGUGUUGGACGAGUUAGCGCUGAUGUCUGAUGGUGAAGUAGAACCAACGGAUGAAGACAACAACGAACGUCAUGCCAGUAAUAAUGAAGGAAGGCACGUCAGAUGGAGCGACGAACAGAACUCUGAUAACGGGAAUGAUGACAGUGACCCCCAAGUCAAAGCAGCAACGAUCACGUUCAAGCACACUGAACAAGCCAGUAAUGAUGACAAGAUCUCCCUGAAAUCAUCUACCUCAGGUAUUAACCCCACUGAAAUUCCAACAGCUGCAGUGAGCCCAGCUGACAUCUACAACCAGUAUGUGUCACUACCAGCUCAGAGCCCAGAGGGAGCAACUCCAAUUACCGAAAUCGCCCCUGAUAACCACAGUCAGCCUCUGAAAUCUAUUCUCAAGCACAAUCCUAAAUCCCAUCUAGUAAGCGGAGUGAAGGGCGGAGAAGGGAUGCAAAGAAAGGCGGCCAAAAAUCCAGUCAUUCUGCCUUCACCACUCUCGGCAUUUUCAGGUCAGGUGACUGAACGAGCCGACGCAUCGGCCAAUCAAAACGCAGCUGUAGUGGUUCCACCAGAGAGUCCGGAAACAAAAUCUGCCCAGCCGAAGAGGGUGUCUCGGUUUAAGGCAGCUAGACAGCAGCAGAGGUGACAGGCCAAGGAUGGAAGGUAGAGAAGCAUGCGACAGUGUCAUCUGUAAUUGCAGUAAUGAGGAUUCCUAUGUUACGAGAAGGCACUGUGUGAGUGGCUAACUCGGCACAGCCAUGUGACAAGGGUCAUGUGAUACCAAUCCCAGAGAGUCACAAGUCGACAGGGCCACACUGGAAAUCAAUGGAAACUGUUCACGUUUCAACCCACAAAAUAUUGCUGCGUCCAAUACAACUACACAGAAACUUCCGUGCACAAGUUCCCCAUCAACGGCCAGAAAAGGAGAGUUGGGGAUGACCGAGAUUGGUUCCCGAUCCAUCCACUGCGUAUUUCGAAUGUAUCUAAAGUUAGUGGAGGCGGGGAGUAGUCUCGGAGACUAUCGCAAGUUGAAUUUGAACGUCUUCGCACGCCGACGCCGCCUGACGCUCACGCGAAGAUGCAGUGGCUAAUAGCUUUUGCACAUUCAGGAAAUCUUUGCGCGCUAACAAGUAUGGUGCAGUACACUUCUGUGUGUCCCGUCAACGUAGCUCUC